CUUCUUCUAGUUUCAGUAUUCAACUCAAACCCUUAGGCUUAUUAGCUUAGAUAAAAAGCCCAACGACUCAACUAACUAGUUAAACAUGUCAACUCCACAAUUAAACAUUCUUGUGAUAGGUAACGGUGGUAGAGAACAUGCUAUUGUAUGGAGAUUAGCUCAAUCUCCAUCAGUUUCUAAAAUUUACGUAGCUCCAGGUAAUGGAGGUACUGGAAGUAUUGAUCCAAUUAAAAUUGUCAAUGUCCCUCAUUUAUCAGGUAGUCCAAAAGAUUUUGAUCAAUUACAAAAAUUUGCUGUAGAAAAUAAGAUCAAUUUAGUUGUUCCUGGUCCUGAACAACCUUUAGUUGAUGGUAUUAGUACUAUUUUCACUAAAGUUGGUAUUCCUGUUUUUGGCCCAUCAGCUAAAGCAGCUUUAAUGGAAGGUUCAAAGGCUCAUUCCAAGAUUUUUAUGGAUAAACACAAUAUUCCAACUGCUAGAUUUCAAAAUUUUACUUCUGUUGAAGAAGCAAAGAAACAUAUUGAAACUAUCGAUUACAAAAUUGUUUUGAAAGCUGAUGGAAUUGCUGCUGGUAAAGGUGUAUUAAUUCCAGAAACUAAAGAAGAAGCUUUGAAAGGUCUUAAUGAAAUUAUGGUCGACAAGAAUUUUGGUGAUGCCGGUAAUGAAAUUGUUAUUGAAGAAUUCUUAGAAGGUGACGAAUUAAGUAUUUUAACCAUUACUGAUGGUUACUCCUUCUUUAACUUACCAGCUGCUCAAGAUCAUAAAAGAAUUGGUGAUGGUGAUAAAGGUUUAAAUACUGGUGGUAUGGGUGCUUAUGCUCCUGCUCCAAUUGCCACUCCAGCUGUUCUUAAGAAAAUUGAUGAACAAAUCAUUAAACCAACUAUUGAUGGUAUGAGAAAGGAUGGUUACCCAAUGAAUGGUGUCUUAUUCACUGGUAUAAUGUUGGGACCAAAUAAAGAACCAAAAGUUUUAGAAUAUAACGUUAGAUUUGGUGAUCCAGAAACUCAAACUGUUUUACCUUUAUUAUCUAAUGAUACUGAUUUAGCUCAAGUUUUCUUAGCUUGUGCUGAACAUAGAUUAGAUUCUACAACCAUUCAACUUAAAAAGGAUACUUUUUCAACUACUGUUGUUAUGGCAGCUGGUGGUUAUCCUGAAUCCUAUAAAAAGGGUGAUGAAAUCACUGUUAAGACUCCAUUACCAUCAGACACAUUUAUUUUCCAUGCUGGAACUAGUGAAAAGGAAGGUAAAAUUGUAACUGCUGGUGGUAGAGUUAUUGCAUCUACUGCAACUGCCUCAAGUUUAAGAGAAGCUGUCGACAAGGCUUAUAUUGGUGUUGAUCAUGUCUCAUUCAAUGGAAAAUACAAUAGAAAGGAUAUUGCUCAUCGUGCAUUCCGUGAUGCUGCUACUACUACUAAGAGUGGUGUAACUUACGCUGAAGCAGGUGUUUCCGUUGAUAACGGUAAUUUAUUAGUCGACCAAAUUAAAGCUAAAGUUAAAUCUACUGCUAGACCAGGUGCUGAUUCUGAUAUUGGUGGAUUUGGUGGAUUAUUCGACUUAAAAAAGGCUGGAUAUAAUACUGAUGAAACUUUAUUGGUUGCUGCUACUGAUGGUGUUGGUACUAAAUUAAGAGUUGCUCAAAUUAUGAAUAUUCAUGAUACUGUUGGUAUUGAUUUAGUUGCUAUGAAUGUUAAUGAUUUAGUAGUUCAAGGUGCCGAACCUUUAAUCUUUUUAGAUUAUUUCGCUACUGGUAAAUUGGAUAUUGAAGUUGCUGCUAAAUUUGUUAGUGGUGUUGCUGAUGGUUGUAUUCAAGCUGGAUGUGCCUUAGUUGGUGGUGAAACUUCUGAAAUGCCAGGUAUGUAUGAUGUUGGUCAUUAUGAUACUAAUGGUACUGCUGUUGGUGCUGUCACUAAGGAUAAAAUAUUACCAAAGAUUGAAAACAUGAAAGCUGGAAAUGUUUUAAUAGGUAUUAAAUCAGAUGGUCUUCAUUCCAAUGGUUUCUCUUUAGUGAGACAUAUCAUUGAAAAAUCUGAAGAUUAUGAUUAUAAAUCUAUUGCUCCAUGGACUAACUCAGGUAAGACUAUUGGUGAAGAAAUUUUAGUUCCUACUAAGAUUUACGUUAAACAAUUUUUAAAAUCUAUUAAUGAAGGAUUAUUAUUAGGUUUAGCUCAUAUUACUGGUGGUGGUUUAGUGGAAAAUAUUCCAAGAGCCUUACCUAAGAAUUUACAAGCUAAAAUAGACAUUAAGACUUGGGAAGUUCCUACUAUUUUUAAAUGGUUUGGAAAGCAAGGUAAUGUUCCAUAUGAAGAUAUCUUAAAGACAUUUAAUUUAGGUAUUGGUAUGGUAUUAAUUGUUGAAGCUAAGAAUGUCGAUGCCGUAUUAAAGAACUUAAAACAUGAAGGUGAAGAUGCUGUAAUUAUCGGUAACUUGGUUGAAAAGACUGAUUCCAGUGAUCAUGGAUGUGUUGUCGAUAACAUUGAAGGUUUAUAUUAGAUACCAAAAUGUAUAUCUAGUCAAUUUACUCUCUAAUUCUUCAUUCCAUUUUUGAAUCAUUCAUCUGAUAAAUGAAUAUUCUAUGUACAUUAUUAUUAUUUUUAUUUGUUAGUCCAGUAGCACCUUAAACGAUAGAUACGUUCAUAAAAUAAAUAUAUAUAAAGCAUUUACUGAAUUCUAUUUAAUCAAUACUCUAAAUGGUAGACCCUAUUACAUAGUCU